GAUAAGGUUCCUGGUGUUCAGCCUCAUCGGCGUUUGUUGUUUUGCUGCAUACUUGCUUUAGUUAUCAAGGAAUCGUCAAUACAGGGUGUACAGCAUGGCUUAUCCAUACGGCGGACCAGGAUAUCCCCCAUCAGGCCCAGGUUAUCCCCCAGGGGCACCAGGUUAUCCGUCAGGUGCACCUGGCUACCCCCCAGAYAAUGCCGGUUACCCCCCAACAGGGGGCUACCCACCAGCACCAGGAGGCUAUCCACCUGCACAAGGCUAUCCACCAGCACCCGGAGGCUACCCACCUGCYCCUGGAGGCUACCCACCUCCUGGAGGCUACCCACCACCAGGUGGUUACCCACCAACAACAGGUGGCUACCCACCCUCAGGGGGAGGAUAUCCACCGGCGACAGGAGGUUAUGGUGCACCRCCUCCUGGUAACUACCCUCCAGCAGUGGGAGGCUAUGGUUCAGGACCACCACCCCCAGGAGUAACCCCAGGCUAUGGCGCACCUCCCCCUGGAGCCCAACCCUAUGGGGGCCAUCAACAGCCACCACAACAAAGCUAUGCAAUGCAUCAACAACCUCMUGCUCAUGUGGGGCACAGUCAGCCUCCUCCAGCUGCUCAUGCUCCUGCUCCUCACCAGCAGACUGCACCAGCCUCGCAUGGAGCUCCCCCUCAGCGRCCUCCUCCUCCAUCAUCAUCUGCUGGAUCAGCACCUCCAACAUCUCAAAUGACCUCAAUGUCUAUAAAUCAGAAAACACAGAAAUAUGGAAAUCCUACUGUCAAACCCAUCUCACCAUUUGAUGCUGAAGCUGACUGUGAAUUGCUUAGAAAAGCAAUGAGAGGAAUGGGUACAAAUGAACAAGCACUCAUUGACAUCAUUGCACAAAGGGGCAAUGCGCAACGUGUGGAAAUACGRAAGAGAUACAAAACAAUGUUUGGCAAGGAUUUGAUGAAUGAUUUGAAGUCUGAACUGAGUGGUAACCUUGAAGGCUGUCUUCUUGCUYUGAUGGAACCUUCUUCAUUGUAUGAUGCCAAGUGUCUUAGAAGAGCAAUGAGGGGUGCUGGCACUGAUGAAGAGACUCUAAUUGACAUCUUGUGCACCAGGACAAAUGCAGAAAUAAUGGAAAUCAAGAGAUCUUACACUGAAUACUACAAACGUGACCUUGAGAAGGACUGUGUUAGUGAGACUAGUGGCCAUUUCAAGAGAUUACUGGUGUCAAUGUGUCAGGCUAACAGAGAUGAGUCUACAACCGUAGAUAUUGCCAAGGCUCAGAAAGAAGCCCAAGACCUCUUUAAGGCAGGAGAGAAGAAAUGGGGAACAGAYGAGUCUCGCUUCAAUGUUGUCUUGGCUAGCCGUAGCUUUGUCCAGUUGAGAGCAACCUUUGAAGAAUACAUCAAGAUUUCUCAACGUGAUAUUCUGAACAGUAUUGAUAGAGAGAUGUCUGGUGAUCUUAGAGCAGGCUUCAAAUGCAUUGUUCAGUGUGCUCGUAAUCCAGCCGAGUACUUUGCUGAUCGUCUUUGGAAGUCAAUGAAAGGAGCUGGAACUAAUGAUGAUCUGUUGAUUAGAAUCAUUGUGUCACGAUCGGAAGUUGAUCUUGUAGAAAUCAAGCAGGCCUUUUUACUGAAAUACCACAAGACUGUAUACAAGAUGAUUGAGGGAGACUGCAGCGGAGACUACAAGAAAUUACUCUUUUCUAUUGUUGGGAGGAACUAAAUUACUGGAAAAUGAUUAAAAAUAAAAAAAAACACCCUGAUAAGU